ACCAMAGAGGUUGAUCGAUCACUGGCACAUAACAAACUAAAGAUUGAGGSCGCGGCRRAAUAAUUCUCAAGAAUACCAACGAGAAAACUACCGUGAUUGAUUUUGCGGAACACCGGGUCCACGACAGAAAGCGACGAUUGCGCAAGAAACAAGGCAGGAUGAGGCGUCUUUCGUUGGUGCCCCUGGCAAUGGCCAUCGGGGAUGUCGCCGUGGCGUUUACUGCUUCCACUUUGAAAGCACGUUGUUUCCCGAGAAACGUCGCCGCAGGAGCCAUAGACUCGCCGGUUGUUCUCUCCGUCUCGAACAGCAACGACGAAAAGGAAGCCGCGAAAGAGGGGGGCGAAGAAUCGGAGGAGGAGCUCCAGAGACGAAUGGCCGUCGUUCGCUCGCUGCAGAUGUCCUUUUACGGUUCCAGUGCCUCCAAGCGAGACCGCGGCACAAACGAAGACGAAGACGAAAACGGUGCUGUCGGCAACGACGAGGACGGACCUCCGAGGCACGAUGUAUCCACUGGCACCAUCCAGAGAUUGCCCCUGUUCCGUGCGGCCUGGUACGAGCUUCCGGGGCGAUCGAAUGUCCUGAUCCUAAAGGAUCCGAUCUAUACGAACAUGUUCGAAAAAAUGUUUUACACUUCCGACAACAACAACAACAACAACAAAAUCAAGGGACCGGACGGUGACGCGGACACGAAUUCGAUUUCGCCGUGGGUUUUCGGUCAUCUGUUUACCCCUAAUGAACACGGCAGUGCCAAAGCGACAAGCAACAAGAAGAACUUGUUCAAAAAGAAGGGAGAUUCCUCCGCAAAGAAGGCCUCGUCGGAAGGUGGCAGUGCUGCUCCGAAACAAAACGGAAAAAGAGGGAACAAAGACUCCAAGCGCAACCGGCUGCUGAACUGGAAGGAUUCGGGAACCAACCGCCGGGGCAACAGUCCCUUGUCGUCCACGGCGGUCCUGGGCACRCUCAUGUACGUUCGAGAUUAUCGCCGCCUGAGGGAUGGAAGGAUUCUUGCGCUGGUGCACGCGGCGGAAACCUUUGUCGUCGAAAAAGUCCACCGGAGCCUGCCGUACGCGAUUGUCGAYGCGAGAAUCCUGCCCGAUGUGGAGGAACUCGAGUUCGAUCCGCCCGCAACGGACGGGAGUGAAAGCCUUCCGUCCCCCUCCAUCUACUCGUGCGGAGACCAUCCGGACGAGCAAUUUCUGGUGGACUCCCUCCGGGCCGACGAGGAUGCUUCCGCGGGUCCGGCACGCGCCAGAGCCGUCGAGGACUCGAUCCACGUCUACCACCGGUACGAGUGCGACUCCGAGCAGCGCCUCGACGGGAUACCGAACAAGAGCGAUCUGGGGAUCCUUGACAUUACCCACAACGCCAUCUCGAGGGCCCACCUGCCGUACUGCCCGUUUGCGGCCUCGUCGUUUCUGAAUGCAACAACAGCAGCAACAACAACAACAGCAGCAGCAGCAACGACGACGCGAGGAACCACCCCGACACCAAGAGACGAAACCGGAGCGAGCGGCUCGAGUCCUUCCGAGAAAGACCCGGCACGGGCGGCCCCCUCUCUCGAGUUCGAGCUCCUGCGGCGGGGAAUCACCAAGAUUCCCCCGUCGGACCGAAGGUUUAGCUACAACGCGGAACCUACCUACGCCUCGUCGUCCUCCGAAGAGACGAAGGAGUCGACCACCCAUUCGUGGACCACGGACGAACUGGAAUACGAGCUGUGGCUGGUCCUCGACUAUUUUCUAAAGGCCACAAAGAAAGAGAUCUCCCCCGUCCUGCUGCGGUUGCUCCCGAGCGAACCCGAGAUGCCGAGGGCCUGGCCUCCCGGCUUUUCGCUAAAGGCUGCCCACGACACAAAGCACGGAAACAGCCAAGGGGACCCCGGCCGUUCGAGUGGUGGUGGUGGUGGCUAUCCCCACCGCCGCCGGCAGCGGCGGCUGAGCUACUCGGCGGCCUACCUGCUCGAGGCCGUCCUGCCGAUCGGAAGAGCGGUCGGCUCCGGAAGCGGAAGMRGCGUCCGUUGCUCGGGCGGAUCGGGGGUCGACGAGGCGGAGAUCCAGGAGCUCCGGGCCCUCCUCCUGUCGGUUCCGUCGACGAGGCAGCGGCUGAGGGUGGUCCUGGAACGCUUCCACCGGUGGCGUCUCUACGAAGAAUGCGACGAAUUCGCGUAGCGCGGGACGAACGACCAUGGCAUUYUGGGCCAACACAAGAGCAGGGUAUCCACAAGGCAGGAUUGGUGUUUGGCAAGAACAAAAAACAMGCUAGGUA